GGGAUGAUGACUUUACAAUUCUGGACAUUACGGACUUGACCUCCUAUAUAAAAUGUCAAAGCGCAUCGUGAAUAUCAACGGUGAGUGGUAGAGGGAGCUUCUCCGCUCCAGACAUUGACAACAUCACAUCAUCAUCGUCUUUGAUCUCAUACACAUCCAAAAAACCAUUGCAAACAACACCUCACUUCAACAAUCACCAAUGGACCACUGCGACGUCCUGAUAGUCGGAGCUGGCCCAGUAGGGACUACUCUAGCCCUUGAACUGGCUCUGCAAGGCGUAUCAUUCCGUAUCAUCGACAAGAGCCCAGCCCGAUCAGAGAAAAGCAGAGCCUUAAUCGUUCACCCCCGUACUCUGGAGCUUCUAGAUCGCCAUGGAACUGUUGGCCAGCUCAUCUCUAGAGGUACUAUCACCCGUGGCGGGGUGUUGAACAUCAACCGAAAACUGGUAGCCAGAAUGAAUUUGGAUGAUCUUGACAUCACGGACACGAGAUAUCCUUUGCCUCUGAUGGUCUCUCAAGCCGAAACCGAGCAGUUCCUGGAUGAGUCUCUGGCCGACUAUGGCAAGGCGGUUGAGCGGGCUUAUACUGCUACGAGCGUCGUCCAGGACGCCAACGGAGUCACCACAACUCUAGAAAAGCCCGACGGCACUCAGACCACGGUUCGAUCCAAGUACGUCGUCGGUUGUGACGGCGCGCACAGCUUGGUCCGACAUUCAGCGCAGAACCUUAGCUUUGACGGGGACGCCUACCCACAAGACUUUAUCCUCUGCGACGCCCGCCUACGCAACUCCAGCGUUGCGCGGGACCGCUUCACCAUUUGUUUCGGCGACACUGGCCUACUGGCAUUCUUCCCUAUUCAAUCAUCCCACAGCGAGAGCAAGGGCGAGGAAGGUCUCAUCCGCCUCAUUGCAUCAGGUGGCCGCUCCGUCCUCAAGGACUCAUCAGGAUCAGGAUCAGGGUCCCCUGUGGUCCCUGCUGCUGAACAACAGCAACAACAGCAGCAGCGGCAACACGGUGAACAAACCCACGAACCCCCCACCCUCGCGCACUUCCAAUCCCUCGUGGACUCCAUCGCCCCUCCCGGCUCCGGCACCGUCCACUCCCCCAUCUGGCUCGCCCGCUUCCGCUUACACCACCGGGGCGUCAACUCGUACCGGUCCGACCGACUCUUUGUGGCCGGCGACGCCGCGCACAUCCACAGUCCCGCCGGCGGACAGGGCAUGAACGUGGGGAUCCAGGACGCCAUCAAUCUGGGCUGGAAGCUGGGGACGGUGCUCAAGUACCGGGACUCACUGACGGAGGAGGCAAGGGAGGCGUUGCUGGAUAGCUACCACGCCGAGCGAUACCCCGUGGGGAGGGCGCUGCUUCAGGGGACGGAUAGGAUCUUUAGCUUCACGGCAGCGGCGACUUCGUGGGUCCUCAAAGUGAGGAAUACGGUGCUGCCGUGGGUGAUGCCGUGGCUGGUUGGGAUGAAGUGGAUUAGGAAGAGGUUUUAUGGGUUUAUUUCGGGGUUUGGGACGACGUAUUCGGGGUUGGCAAGUGCGGGGGAGAGUUGUGUGGUCGGUGGUGGUGAUGGGGUGAACACGUCUUGGUCGUCAUGGUUAUGGUCAUCCUCAUCCUCAUCCUCAUCCUCAUCCUUAUCAUUGCGGCCGGAGAAGGUGAGCAGCGGUGAUCGAUUGCCGGAUGGAAAGGUAAUCGAGCUAGGGCGGCGAUCUCAUGGCGGGAUAACGGCUUCUGACCUGUUGGCAAAGAGCGAAGAAACGAGCUUGCAUCAACUUUGUCGAGGCGCGUCUUGGCAUUUGCUGUUGUUCUCCGGAAUAGGUGGAACAGAAGGUCGCGAUGCGGUGACGGUCGAGGGAUUGACACUGGCAGGCGAGAGGGUAUUGGCGGUGGUCAAAAGUGAGUGCUCAGUUCACUGCAUUUUCGACUACCACGCUACAGAGGAGGAUCGUGGUAGUAGCGCGGGGCAGCAGGGGCAACAACGCCCGGGCGAUGGUCAGCUGCAGCCGGUGCAGACAGCUACAGCUACAACUACAGCUACAGCUACAGCUACAGGGAAGAGCGCCGCCGUUGCUUCCACAUAUACGGACCCAGGUGGUCGGGUCCAUGGUGUGCUUGGAUUGGACAAUGGGCGUGCGGGAUAUGUCAUGGUGAGACCUGACGGCUAUGUUUCUCACGUUGGAUAUCUGCCGUCACUGCAGGAAUUCAUCAAGGAGUGGGAGACGAGAGUUUGUCUUUGAAGGAGUCGUUUCGUGGCUUGUUUUCAUCUUUCUUUUUCUUUGCUUUUUCCAUGUAUCAAGGUAGUCCUAUUUUGCCAUUUUCGAUACUCUCAUCUCAGCUCCCACUCUCCCAACCCCUCCGCUCAACCUAACCCCAAUUUCUAUACCGCCGGCAUUGCAAAGAAGAAGAAGAAAAAGAAAGAAAAAAAAGAGGACGUCCAAGUUUAGUGUUUGGGACCAUCCCCCUGAUUAUCUUUUUGUUUUCUCCACUUGUCCCUCAACGUGUUUACACCAGAGAAGCCCAAAACGGAAAUUUGGCUCAGCAUUUUGAUCAUGAACUUUGGAGAUUUUGGACAAGGAAAAUUGACUCGCCAACGAGUCUCUUUACACCGGGUGCCUGUUCCCCCAUCUGUUUUUCCUGUCAUCAAUCCGUGCGUACCUCAUAUUUCCGACAGCCUACAUACUACGUAUACAUGGAC